AUGGGCACCCGCGGGCCCUCCGCGCUGGUGGACACCACGCCCGCCAAGACCAUCGUGGUGUACCGCAACGGGGACCCGUUCUACGUGGGCAAGAAGUUCGUGCUGUCGCGGCGCCGCGCGGCCACCUUCGAGGCGCUGCUGGAGCAGCUCACGGAGCAGGUGGACGUCCCGUUCGGCGUGCGCCGCCUCUUCACGCCCACGCGUGGGCACCGGGUGCUGGAGCUGGACGCGCUGCAGGCGGGCGGCAAGUACGUGGCGGCGGGCCGCGAGCGCUUCAAGGAGCUCGAUUAUAUUCAUAUAGUUCCCCGAAAACCUGCAAAGAUAAGGAAGUUGAAGGAAAUCAAACCGGUGGUGCAUUGUGAUAUAAAUGUGCCUUCCAAGUGGCAAACAUAUCAUCGUAUAUCUCGACAUAUAAAUGUUUUUACAAAUGGAAGAUUAUUUAUUCCACCUGCAAAAAUCAUUAUACCCAAAUUUAGUCUGUCCGACUGGGACAUCGUGCUGGCCACGAUCGGAGAAAAAGUCUUCCCUCUAGGAGGCGUUCGGAAAUUAUUUACAAUGAAUGGGCAUCUUUUGGGCGACUCAAAGGAUUUGCAAGACAAUCACUUUUAUGUUGCUGCGGGACUGGAGACCUUCAAAUAUUUUCCUUACUGGAAGUCUCCAAGGGUGCCCAGUGAGGUCCAACAAAGAUAUGCGAAUGUUGAAAAAAACUCACAGAGAAAGAAAAAAGUGGAUUCCAAAGGAAAAGAACCUUGUCACUAUGAUGACAUACCCCCCAAAACACAGGAUUCUGUUUAUUAUGCCAAAGAAGAAAAGAAGAAAACAUUGGCAGAACCUUUAGUCCAAAGAGGAGCAGAAGGUGACGUGUAUAAAGCACUGACUCCUAGCAAGGAAACCGAAGGGGCGCUGGACGUCAAAGAGGACCACCAUGUGCAGCUGGAGGUGCCUGUGGACCAGAGACAAGCUGAGAUAGUUAAAGAAGAUGAAGAGAUACAUGAGAACACCCCUGAUUUUGAGGGCAACAACGAUAAAGAAGAUGCAAGGCUUUGUGAAGACAUUGAAAGAAAGGUUUGUAUCAACAACAAAUACUGUAGUUUUGCAUUUUCUACUCUGAAGAGAGACCUAACAGGAGAAUCCACGGAUCCCCAAAUCUUGUCAGGUGCUUUUUAGGAAUGUAACUUUUUUGCCUCUGUCAUACACCGUAGCUCUGUUUUCCAGAGUUAGAAAACCAGCUUGGAGGAAAAGAAGCAAAUCACGGCCUUUCAUAUAGGUGGAUGGAUCCUUGGGAAAGGCAAGUAAGAACCAGGAGUGGAAAGUGCUGUAGGGCGGUGCGUGGCUGGCGUCUGAAGGUGCAGCAUUUAUGACUGCCUGGAAAACCUGGAAAACACGUGUGAAUUAUCUGCCAGCUACACCUGUAGUCACUCACUUAGGUUUUCCAGGCAGUCAUAAAAGCUGCACCUUCAGACGCCAGCCAUGAAGCUAAGGAUGAAUGCGCUUGCCUGGCGAGCACAAGGAGUGGGGGACUCACAGCCCUGGGGAAAGCGGAUGUGUAACUGGGCCGGGGACCCCACCUGGCAGCAGACCCCACCUGGCAGCGGAAGGUGCUUCCCUCCAGAAGCGCUGCUCUCCCAGCAGGACUGAGUUCUCAUCCUAAGUUGGUAGAUGACUAAGUGAUGAUAGUGGUUUUUGUCUGAGUGUGUCAAGUUUCAUUUAUUUAGUCUUUAGUUUUCCUAGACUCCUCAGCACUCCGCAAAGGACGUGAGCCCUGAGUGAUGACACUUGGGGAGGUUAACCUAACCGAAGCCAGCGUCUACACACCUCGGGGACUUGAAUCGGCUCCGCCUGGCUUUGGCUGCUCCAGAACCUGCCAGAUGUGUGGCUUCGGGAACACUCCUUAAAACCUGAUUGCCUCAGUUUCCUCCUCUAUUCAAAGUUUAUCUGUCCACUUGUUUAUAACAAAAUCAACCUCCAGGAGAGAAUAUGUGUAAAGUCUGCUUAGCGUUACUACUUUUAUUCUUAUUAUUAGCAAUAGCUGACUUGCAAAAUAUUCCUGACCAUAUUAUGGGGGAAGGGAACACGUGUGAGUUGUGUCCUGCCCAUGCAUGGAGCCUCUGGUAUGGGUGUGUCCCCAUCGUGCAGUGAGACUCUCCUGCAGAUGUGUCCCCCAGUGCACGGAGCCUUUCGUGUGGGUGUGUCCUGCCCAUGCAUGGUGCGUCUGGUGUGGGUGUGUCCCCCGGUGCUUGGAGCCUCUCGUGUGGGUGUGUCCUGCCUGGGCACGGAGCCUCUUGUGUGGGUGUGUCCUGCCCGGGCACGGAGCCUUUGGUGUGGGUGUGUCCCCCCAUUCACGGAGGAGUCUCUCAUGUAGGUGUGUCCCACCCGAGCCCGGAGCCUCUGGUAUGGGUGUGUUCUGCCCAUGUAUGGAGCCUCUGUGUGGAUGCACAGGCAGCCUUGUGGCUGGAAGAGCACUAAAUUUCUGUAAUAGCUUUCCCACUAACUUGCUAGGUGUCCUUUGUUAAGUAACUUGAUUGAUUCAAUCAACAAUCAUUUUACAUGUUUAUAGGUUUGCUUACUUUACUUUUCAAGAAUCAAUGAGACAAUGGUUUGGAAAGUUCCUGAAAAGUAUAGUAUAUCUAUGUUGAAAAUGGUGUUUAUAUUAUUUGUAUUUGAGCUAGAUAAUGAAAGUUUUUGUUCCUCAGCUUGACAUGAGACACUUGGUUUUCCCCACUCUUAACUCCCGUGUUAAAAUCAGUGUAAUCCAUUCUGUUAUGUGGCGUUCCAUCCUCUGGAACUCUCUACAGCCAACCUAACCGCACAUGAUUGGGAAUCAAUAAUGUGUGUUCAUGGCGACGUCCCUGUAAGCAUAAAUCAUAUCUGGUUUGAAUGCCAAGUAAUUCUUUGGAGCAUUUAUCACUUGUUUGGCAUACAUGUUACUCUUUUAAAGGGAAUAUUUUACCAAACACAAUGGAAUGAAAAGAAUGCAAAUCUGGCCGCAUGCAAACUGUGCGCAGAUAGUUUCAUUUCUCCGACCCUUGGUUUCCUUAUCUGUGAAACAGAUAAUUUCCAACUUGCGAAGUGAGUGUAAAGAUUAGAAGUAUUUAAAAGUGCCUUACUCAGUGAUCUGGGGUUAAAUGCUAUCUACUGUUAAUAUUAUUAUUCUGUAAUUUAAUCAUGACUCCAAUGGAGGUCUAAAGUCUUUGAAAGAAGGAAUGAGAUUUUACUCAUAUUUGCACUUUUCUCAG